ACUGCACCGCGGGAAGCAAGAACACGCACCAUCACCGACGCAGGGCCCGCGCCUCCCGGUCCACACUGCACGGUUCGCCGCCGUCGCACGCGCGCGCGGGAAAACCCCGAGAGGCCGGCUUCUACUCGUACCUCGGACCGCCGCCUUGCAACUUACGUACGCUUUGUGCUCUGAGGAAAGCCCGGCAAUAUCGGAACAACGGUUCGGCCCUUUGCACGGAGCCCCGCGCUAACAACGCGAGCGAAGGAAGGACACCGGAGCCGCAGUGAACGAUGACGAACGGAGCGUGAAUACAAGAGCGUCGUCGGUUCCCGGCCGCGGCCCGAGCCGGCACCAGGCCUAGCCGCCGGCGACUCGAUCGCCGGGAGUACGCCGGCGUUCUCCCGUCGUGGCCGACGUCGGCGCGGCGCUGCCACACGAGCCGCCCGCGCGCGCGCGCUCCUUUCUCAUUCUCGCGUAGAAAAACGAGCCGCCGCCGCAGUUGUUCGUCAGUCACGCGCCUUUCCUCCGCAGCCAGCCGGCGGCGGUCGCCGCAGCUGCUCCUCUUUCUUCGCUAACCAAAACCCAGCGGCGGCUGCGCAGUGCCAGGGCGAACGAAGGCACGACACGGCGGUGGCUGCGGCAAUCGAAGUUCGGUACCCGCGCCGAGGCGCUAAGGGACCUCCUCAACUGUCGCCGGUGCAAGCUUGGCCACACGUAGGAUAACGACCCGGCCCCCGAGACCGGCUCAGAGUGCCCUGUUGUGCUUGUGGCGGUGACUGGAAGAGGAUGGAUUUCUUCUGAACCAGAGGGAUGCACUGGCGUCGGAGACGGUCGCCGAGUGCAGUCGUGGGCUCUGCGAUUCGAUGAUUCCUGGUGCCGCAUUCGCUGGCUUCGCGGAUGAGGUCACCUGAGCGCUUCCCGUCGGAGGAGCAGCAGCCGCGCCAGCAGCAGAAGCCGUCAUGAGCCCGUCUCGGCUGCCCCGUUUCCGGCCCCUGUUUUUGCUGGUGACGGCGCUCAACGUGCUGCUCCUCUACAGCGUGGGCCACUAUCUGUGGACGCCGCGGUCCGCGGCCGCGCCCUCCUCGUCCGCGGAGGGCUCGGGCUCCGCCGCCGGCGCCUGGGAGCGGGCCACGCCGGUGGGACACCGCAUUCGAACCGCGGGCUGCACGCUGCCCCAGUUCGACGCGUUCGACCCCUCCGUCAGGCCGUACUUCCGGCGCCGUUCGGAGACGCGACGGUGCUACGGGAGACCGAACUUCAUCACCGUCAGGGAUGGAUUUCCGGCCAUCAUUGAUGAAAAUCUCAAAGAACAUGGCGUGCUUCCAAAGGACCUCGUGUGCUUCUACAAAGAAAUCUACCGUAAUGAAUCUUUGAAGAAACCCGACGAGAAGUACUUGUAUAGUUCCAGAGAGCGACUCCUGUUUGACGAACCCUUGAGGAAGGAGUUCCUCUUCGUCGAAUGCGCCACGAAGCAGUCUCCGGAGCAGUCGUUUCACGACCAGUUUCUCCUCAACCCGGUGAUCAAAGGCAGUGUCGAGGAACGCUGUCGCACGGCGCCCGCCGGAACGCCGCACAACCUGAGCGUUCUAGUCCUCGGUCUCGACUCGGUCUCGUACUUAAACUUGGACAGACACCUGCCGGAAACCGCAAAGUUCGUUCGUGAAAAGCUGGGUGCUUUCGAACUCCAUGGAUACAACAAGCUCGGGGACAACUCGUAUCCUAACCAAGUUCCCCUGAUCAUGGGCCUCAAGGACCACGAGGCGACCAAGGCCGCUCCAGAUGGGUUCUACGACGACCUGAGUGGCCGGUUCAUUUGGCAGCUGUAUGGCGAACGGGGUUACCGGACCAUGUUUCUCGAGGAGUCACCGUUCUACGGCCUUUUCAACUACUUCAGCCAGGGCUUCCGGCGCGCACCAGCCGACUACUACCUGCGACACGUCAUCAUGGCCAUGGACGACUCGCCAAAGAAAACCCAAGACUGGCAGCGCGUCCGCUGCUUGGGACCCACGAUGCCGUUCGAGGAGCUGCUGGACUACCUCGCCCGCUUCACGGACGUGAUGGCCGAGCGUCCGUUCUUCUCCUACACCUGGAUCAGCGAGAUCACGCACGACUCGCUGAACAGUGCGGGCUACGCAGACGAGCCCUUCCGGCGACACCUGGAAACUCUUUACUCUUCCGGCACGCUCAACCACACCGUUCUCGUCUUCCUCAGCGACCACGGCUUGCGGUUCGGCGACGUUCGGGCAACUUACAUCGGCAAGUUCGAGGACCGCCAGCCCUUCGCCUUCGUGGUCUUCCCGCCGUGGUUCCUCGAGCAGAACCCAGAAGCGGCGCGCAGUCUGCGCGCCAACCAGCGCCGCCUCACCACUCACUUCGACGUGCACGCCAUGCUCGUCGAGCUGCUCGACUACCCGAACGCCGAGCGACCAAACUCCACGUACGGACUCAGCCUGCUGCACGACGUGCCCGAGACGAGGACGUGCGCCGACGCGUCCAUCACGCAUCACUGGUGCGCGUGCAACGCCCGCUCCGACGCCGCCGUUUCCGGUGAGCUGGCCUCGACGCUGGCGAACCACUUCAUGUCCAAGAUCAACGGCUGGGUGGCCCAGGCAGCGCGGAAGUGCGCCGAGUACAAGCUAUUGCAAGUCAUGGACGUGACGGCGCUCCAGGCGACCCCUGCUGAGCGUGCGACGAACACGAGUCACUACUGGGUGACCAUCAAACUUUCGCCGGGCGAGGCCGUGUUCGAGGGCACGGUGCGUGUGCAGGGAGACAAUGUGACGGUGCUGAAGGAGAUCAGCCGUUGCAACUGGUUCGCGGGCCAGUCCUACUGUGUCCGCAACCACUGGCUCGAGAAGUUUUGCUAUUGCCGUCGGACGGUCGGAGAGCUGGUUUGAUGUUGGCGGUCCUUGUGUAGACCGUUAGCUCAUUCACCGUCGAGAAUGUUGAUCCGCAGCGUUAAUUCCCAUGAGCAGCAGCACUGCCGGAACAGAAGGUAUAUAGGCAUCUACAACGUUAUUUACUUCCUUCUAGUGAGUAUUUGCGUAGUAGAUUGGCAGUGCUAUGGGCUUUUGCGUGACCGUGUUAACCAGCGCUAAAGCAUCCGUUGUAAAUAGACCGGACUUUCUCCAAAUGUGAUAUACCUCCUAGGAGGCGACGGCAGACCUUUCUUCGCCUUCGCCAUCAAACCCUCUUUGACGGUUGUGCCGCGCUGAAGCAGGUUAGUGGGAGCUCUUUCCGCCUAAUACUGCCUGCUCCAGCAUCGAGAUAUGCAAGGUUGCUCCUUUUUUGGAAUAGGAAUCGCGUACGGCGUUCGUUACCUUAGCGCAGGGAAGAUAAUCCAGCCUCAACUACAUUCACAAUACUGUAACCUGACUUGAUCAAACCGCCACUUCGGGGAUGCAUGGCGCGAACUUCCUUUACUCAGUGUACCAAGCGUGUGCAAACUAGUCGCUUCCACGAUUGUUCGCCGUCUCCCGACGUAACCAGACAAGGAAUUUUUAGCCUGUCCGCAUACGCAUUACCAUUUGCGGAAUAAAGGAAUACCGGAGACGCAAACGGGGAGCAGCAGCGCUGGUGGCGCCACGUGGUGACGCUGAGUUUGAGUAGAACAAACAGAACAUGGCUCCAAGAUCCGAUGGCGCGCGUUGAUUUAGACCGCGCGUGCUGCACGAUCUCGGAUUCUGUGCACAAAACUCGUGUUAUACUUAGUUUCUGGCGUAAAAGCGACAAGCACCAAAUGCACUUUCAUUUCGGCGAGGACACUCAUGGCACGUGAAGCAUCUUUAAUGCGCUGCGGUUGAAUAACAUGUUACAAUUUGUCGUUAACAGUGUGGCUGCCGCCCGUCUAUGUAUCCGCUCUUCCGGUAUUCCGUAAACAGCAAUCCUAUACGGGCAGGUUACAUUUCCGGUGCCGGUAGGUCGCACGAGGCAUUCUCGGUACUUUCGCUCAUUUGAGCUUUCCUAUGCGUAGAGAACAUCGGGCUUCACAUAUUCGCAGCCGAGCCCAUGUCGGGGCGUGUACUCCCGUUAGGGUACCGUAAGCGUUGCCCGUUGUUAUUAUGUAAUACUCGUUGCCAUUUUUUGCAGCGUGCAGCGCAUGUGACGCAGAAUCAUUUCUUAUGUUCGUUUGUUUACUUUGGUUGCAAGGGCUGGAACCGAAUACUAUGUAGUCCAAAGACGCUGCGACAUUCGUUUUACUGUGACCGCGCCAAAUAAGGUGCAUGAAAGUGCCAAAAGACACGCAGGCGUCAUCAUUGAUUUUACGAAAGUUCUCAGACCUUUCAUCUCAUUACGCUGCACAUUAUGAAUCUCCAUUUUCGUUGCGGUGGUAGUAAAGCCGAUUUUUGCCUGAGAAUACAGUGCAUAAUUGCAAUAUGGGUCGGGCGUGUGCGCAUCUGCCGAGCCGCCAUAUAUGAAGCUUCAAUUCUUCAAGUCCGUAGGCAUGAUGGUAAUGAAGACUUUCAUUUUGCGGCGACUAUAUAGUGACCAUGCAUUCCCUCUCUAUUCAGCUUGGAAUUGCGUAAUGAACGAGUGAAAGUUCAGUCACAAGAAGGAAAAAAAAAAUCACUUCAAGGCCACAAGAACGGGCAGUCCCGCUCACAUCCCACCGUCUUCCUGCUGUGGUCUCGAAAGAGUCUUCCAAGGCAUAUGACCCCACGUGACGGUCACUCUCUACGCUAAUUACGGUCACCGAGCAAUUAGCGGCUGGUUGUGCGUUCAAAUAGACCGCAAAGUUCGUUGUUGCCAACGACACGCCGACCAAAUGCGGUCAGAGAGUUAUUGGGUUCGUCACUAUGACGUUAGCAGAGCUUUCCCCCUACGAAUGCCAUCAUCUUUCGGCAACGCUCACUUUACUUGUAGGCCUAUCUACCAUUCGCAGUUUGCUAACAGGCUUUUCAACCUUUACUUCGCUGCUUGACGAGUUGCAUUCAGCCAUUAAAGAACAAAAUCGAAAAAAAAA